AUGUGUGCGCCUCUUGAGGUUUUGGCUGACUUCCUGUCGAGACGCGUGAAGCAACUUGAACAGCGGGUGGAUACGCUGAUAGACCUAUUAGCGAACGGUCAGACUGCAGCGUUACCAGUUAGCUCUAGCGCUUCUCCUAUCCCUCGAGAAAUUGAUUUACCGCUUACGACUCCUCCGGAGAGUUCCGCUGAUCCAGAUGGACAUUCUGAGAACGCCCAUCCGCAGUAUGGCACGCCAGCACGAUCACCGGAAAAUAUACCAUACGUUCAAACAGAACCAUCUUGCAUAGCAUAUGAUCCGGUAGAAGCAGGUCUUUUGGACGACUGUAUGGCGGAAUCUCUACUACAGGAGUUCAGGCAUUCAUAUACGUCUGCCUUCCCGUUCGUCAUCGUUCCGCCUUCCAUCGAUGGCAAAGCUCUGCGUCAAAGCCACCCUUUUCUAUUCCACGCGAUCCUUACAGUGACCGCCCACAGACAGGUUGAUUUGCAACUCAUCCUUGCAGCUAAGCUCAAAGAACAGAUAUCGCUUCGCGUCAUCAAUCACUCUCAUAAGAGCUUAGAGCUUCUGCAAGGUGUACUUUUGUAUACCGCGUGGUACCACUUCUACUAUGAUCCGAUCAAGCAACAGUUGGCAGUUAUGCUACAGUUAUGUGUUGCGAUGCUCCAAGAUCUUGGCUUCUCCAAAAAUCCUCGAAAUGCGAAGAAAAAGAUUACCAUGGGCGAUACUGGUGCCAAUUUGUAUUCCGUGCGGUCGCUUGCAGAGAAGCGCGCUUUUCUUGGGACCUACUACCUGGCUGCAAAUUUCGCACAAUCGUGGAGAAGACCAACCACGUUAACGCACACGCGGUACAUGGAUCAGUGCUGUCAACAUCUGAUGGACUGUCAGGAGUAUGCGACUGAUACAAUCAUCACACCACUGGUCCAACUCAGCACGUUGAUCUGUAGGGUCCAGGACUAUUUCUCCUAUUACGAUAUUGAGAACGCAGAUGUGAAGGGGGAGGCAUUGGUACAAUUGUCUGUAGCCAAUUUCGAUCGAGAACUGGCUCGUAUCACCGAUUCCUUCCCGCAAACACUCAUACAAAAUAAUCCAACACUUUCUCUUACCAUUCGGUUGGUCAACCUAUGGAUAUACGAGUCCGCUGUUCAUGAUUCGCUUUGGGUUGGCCCGAAUGGGGUGCCAACUACUAGGCUGUCAUCGAAUCGUCUCAAGACAUUGUAUCGGUGUCUGAACGCUGUGCAAUCGUACACCAAGACACUUAUCACCGUCAAGAAUACCUCGCUUCAUCACCUUAGCUUUCCUUCCUGGUCAUCGUGGUGCUAUGCCUGCAUCAUUGGUUGCAAGCUCGUCUUCUUGACAGAUGAACGUGAACAACAGACUGAUAUCAACGAAACCUUCAUCGAAGUACUCAACCUCGUGAUGGACAAGUCUUUGUUUCAUGAACCCAGAACUUGCUCACUGCCUGCAGAGGUCACGUCGUCCACAUGGAACCCGAUUUCUGUGGCAAAAGAGGGCGAGAUGCUAUCUCUGUUCCAUCAAAUGUACAACAAGAUGAGAUUCACGCUUCCACAGGAUUUGAACUCAACAUCGAUCGACCACUGCGAAACCGACCCGCUUUCCAGAAUCGCGUACUUCCAGAGGAACCUUCUCUGUAGCUUUACAAAUCGGCUGAACGAGCACAUCGCCAAGCUGUACGUUCCAGCUAAUACCGAUAGCUCUGCAAAAAGCACGAAUUCAGUUGUUCUGCGAGAGAACUGGGCCGCCCCACAAACCGACUAUGCGAGGCAGAGGCACGAGAGAAACGGCAUCCCACUUAUGCAGAACAUGAACUUCAAUUCGAUGAACUUCGACAGCAUAGCUCCACCGGAUAACUUAAUGCCUCCGAACGGAACGUUCGAAGACUGGCUCUGGAAUACAGCCAUGGACGAUUUCACGAUCCCACCAUUAUGA